CGUUAUUACUUCACAGCGACGAGCAAAAAAAUGAAGGUCAAGCAUGAAUACAGUAGCAUGUAGUCUGCUAGUUAGUUAGCAUAGUUUUAAUGAGUGAGUUGAGAGUUUGGGAAUAAAUAUGAGUGAUAUCAGUCCUGAUCGAGCUUUUGCAGUACCGAGCGCUCACUGACAGCAGCGAAUCACUGAGGUUUACGUCUUCAUGCUCUCUCUAGAUCUCCAUCAUGAUGCGUCACAGUAAGCUUCAGAAGCAGGUGUUAUCUCUCUACCGACAGUUCCUGCGUGCCGGACGGGACAAGCCAGGCUUUUUACCCAGAAUACAGGAGGAAUUUCGCACGAACGCUGCCAUCCAAAAGACAGAUGUGAUGCAUAUAGAAUAUUUGUGUAGACGAGCCCAGAGACAGCUGGAGCAACUUCGAGAUGUAAACACCAAACAACUUGGAUUCUUCAGCACAGCCAAGAAGGACAGCUAAUUCAUAUAUACUGUAUAUAUAAUGGACAUACAGGGUUUCUUGAGAUGCCACUAAAACUGCACAAUAACUGAUCAAUCUUUUAAAUGAAAAUGUGUUGGUAAGCAAUCGUGUCACUUUAUGCAGCAUGAAUCUGAUGAUUUAUUCUUAGUGAGUGUUGGUGUGAGGAGCAUUGAGUAAUUAUAAGUAUAAUAAUUGACCUGCUCAACACUCAAACACACUCUGUUCACCAAAAAAUAAUUACCGGCAUGGUCAUGUUGUAGAUUUUAGCUAAAUAAAAGUUAGUGUUUUGCUACAUAUGAAUACUGAUAAUUAAUCAUUAAUUUUAGACAUUCAGUGAUGAUGUGCUAUGUGAUUUAUUUAUUUUUUUGUAUAGUAUGCUUCGGUUGCAUUCCUUUUAAAAAAUAAAGGAGAAAUGUGAAGUUGGAGGAAGAGAA